CUUCUUUCUUUUGUUUUCCUUUUUUUUUUUCGUUCCUUAUUUUUCCCCCCUUUGUGGAGAUGAGGUAAUUUUUACUAGUAGUAAACGAGUAAAUUAGUCUAAUUGUUAGUGGAGUAGUGAUUCAUAAAAGGCAUUAGCCCCUCCAUAUUUGUGGAAGCAGCAGCCAUCAGAGCAGACGAGUGUGAGAGGGAGAGGGAGUUUAAUUCAGUAGUAGUGUAUGAAGUUACUAUUUGGGAUGGAAAAAGGUAUGGGCUUUGGUUGAGGGGCUAUUGAUUGAUGGUAUAUAUUGUAGGGAGGAGUGUAUGGAGAACUCUUGGUCAUGGCAGACCCAAUGCGGUUCCCUGUGCCCAUCCUCCUCCUCGUCACAGGAUCCUCCUCUUCCUCCUCACAAUCAGAUUCUGAAUGGAAGCUUUCAUCUUGAUUCGUCUGUCCGAGCAAAACCAACUUCAACCAUCCACACACUAGCACCAGCUGCUGUGAACCCUUGGACUUCAAAUUCAAGUUCUUGCAGUUUGGACCACACGGAACUGGGUAGUUCAUUUUUGUCUCUCCUUUCUGUCCCUCCAUGCGAUAUUCGUAAUGAAGUGCCAAUUCGUAGAAGUAAUGCCGGAGGCAGUGCAGCUGGGAAUGCAAUUUCUCAUAUAUCUUCUGGACUUCUGGCCCAAAAUCGGGACAGCCAGAGAGCAGAAGCUGUUGUGAACCUGGGUUGGGUUGUUUCACCAAUGGAUAGGGUGAGUGAAAGCUGUGGUGUCAAUGACGUUUUCCAGGGUAAUUAUCCAAGUCUUCAAAAGCUGGAACUUCCUACGGCAGGUAUACAUCGAAAGCUUUACCAUAAUGAGAACCAAAAGAAUUCUCCAUCUCUGAAAGUGAGUUAUGUAAAUGAUGCAACCUCUUGCAAUGUUUGGAAGACCAAUGCUGGUGAUACUCUUGGGGUAUCACAGAAAGUUCCUUCCAGCAUCGAUUCUUCUGUUUCCUGCCUGACAUCUAAUCUGUUAACUGGUUGUCCCAAAGUAUUCUGUCUUGGCCUAAGUGGGCACUUACUUCUCAGCAAUACUGGACUUCUAGGAGUUCUCUGCUCAUGCCAUGGUUUGCAUAUGUCUAUAGCUAAAUUCUCUGAGCAUUCAGGCUUAUCUAACAGUAAUCCUGGGGAUGCUGUUCAUUUCGACAGUGGUGAAAGUGUAUCUCAGUGGCGUCGGAGCUAUUUCCACAAAUUUGGGAUUAGGACUCCAGAAGAACAUUUUGGAUGGGACUGGCCUCCUGGACUUUCAGUCACUGCUGGUUCGCCAGAACAUGGUUGGACUCAUCCCAGCAUGUUUGUGAAGCCUAACCAGGGUAACCAAGGUAGCUCUGUGGAGGCUUCGGUGCAGUCUAUGGACCCAUGGAGCCUUACUUUAUGCCCAAAGAAUUCUCAAUCUGAUCAGAAAGUUGUUGAUGAGUUUGUCAAUUUUGAAAAACAGCAAAGUGCAAAGGACUGUAGUAGUCUCUUUCCCAAAGGGCCCAGUAGCUCCUCAAAGAACAUUUUGCAUUUUGUUGCAGAUGAACCGAUGAUGGGGCACUCAAGAUCUGGGUGUCCUACAUUUCCAAAUCAUCUUGAUGUUAGAGGCCCAUACAAUGUUAGGCCAGCCAUAUCAUCUUAUGAAGAUCAAAUCUAUACGAGUGGUGAUUCUGUUCUACCACCAUGUUUGCCGAACUUGAAAACCCUUGGUAAAGAUAUUGCAAUUGGGAGAAGUGUUGGUUCCCUUGUUGAUACAUAUACAGGUUCUUCAAAUUUUGAGUUGAGACUAGGGCAACCAUCUCAACAGGGUCAGACUUCAGUGAGAUCAUUUAUGCCGGCAUCUGGAUCUCAUCGAAUUGCAAGCCAUUGCCGGCUCCAAGAAUCAAUGGCCUUGGAUCAGCAUGUACAUAAAAGCAGUUCCGGGUCAAUAAAGGGUUGUAGGCAACAGAAUUACUUGCCUGGUAUCAUUUCAACUUCCAGCACAAGAACAGAGCAGAACCAGUUGGAGAAUGUUAAUCAUGCAGUUGGAGUUUAUAGCGUUCCAAAUGCUUUCAAAAUAAAACAUCUUAAAGGUGAUGCAUUUUGGGGUUCAGUAACUUCUGAAUCAUUUGGAAACUUAAAAAGUCCUUUUGAAGAAAACAAUCAUUUUAAAUCAAUUAAUGAUGCAACUAAUGACAGCCACAUGACGUUUGCGAAGCCACAUUCUGAAUGUUCUCCUCCCAAGUGUGGUGAAUUUGGUUUUCCAUUACUCAGAGGUCGGGCAAUAGGCACAGAAUUUGGCACUAAUGUGCUGGGUAGUCAAAAACUCAAACAAGUCGACAAAGUGGUCCACAAUAUUGAUUGUCUACAUAGCACUGCUAAAAUAAAUACAGGAUCAUGUACAAAGUCAAAGGAAGGAAUGUGGAGUUUCAGUGGAGUGGUUGGUGACAGUGAUGGUAUGAAUUAUCCAGUCUUCCAUGAUAAGGGCCCUAACAUGUUUCAUCUUGCUGAUGAACCUAUUACCAGGAACACCUUAAAUUAUACUGGGCAAGUCUGUUACCCUGACCACAGUGGAAAAGCUAAAUCCAAAGUCCUGAGAACCAUCAGUUCUCCCAUGGAUUUUGGCAAUAUUGUGUCUUCUCAAGCUGCCUCUGUGGGGAUUUCUGCCACAAAUUUGAAUUCUAUGAAAAGUUCAACUCCAUUAUGGAACAAAGACAAUAUUACUGUAUGCCCAUAUCUUUUCGAUGAAAAUGUGAAGAUGACUGCAUUCCAUCCUAUGUCAGUGUUUUCUCAUCAGAAGAUUGGAGCUGGUACCUCUAAAACCAUCCCAGUACCAGAAGGUUAUAGGAACUUCAGUGGUAAACAACAAAUUAUUGUCCCCUCAUCGGUAUCAGACACACAAAAGAACAGGUUUGACUUGACCAAUGCGCCAAAUACAUCUGAAGUUGCAAGGCAUGCACUUCUGUCUGCUAAUUUGACCUUUACAGAUACUGAAACGUUGCCUUCUGUUACAGAUACAGAGAAAUGGUGCAACUUUUGGGGACCAGCAAUAUCAAAUGGACGAUAUUACCAUGGAAAAGAUACUGAAGCUCAAUGUCAGCUCAAUUCUAAUCAGCAGCCUACAAGGCAAUUCUUCUUAAGACUUCAUGGUGAUCAAAAUAGCACUCCAUCAAAUGAAGUGAGAAACUGCCAUCAGGAGUUACCUUGUGGAUAUUUCCCAAGCAAGUUCAGCUGCUCUAGUAACUUAAACUGUAGUGCUGGAAGACAUGAUUUAAAUCCUUCCCUUCGAAAUUUUAGAGAAGCAGAAGGAAAUGCUGUUGAUUUGGUGGAACCUCUUUUGGGUCCAAAAUUAGUUGAAAAUUGCACACAUAUAGACAAGGACAAUGCUUUUGGUGCAAACAGAACUAUUGUGCAAAAUAUGAAGAAAGUUGACUGUAACUCCUCCCAAUGGAGAGAUGUCCCUAGGAAGGUGGUUAAUGAUGCCACUUCUAGAAAAUGUUUCCAGGAAGGAAAUGCACUGAAAGAGCAUGAAAUGUCUAAUAUGUCCUCUGGAUGUUCUGCUCCUGCUGUAACUCAGGUGUCUAUUGACGUCAACAACAAAGACUCAUCCACUGUUGAUGGUAUGGAUACAGACAAUUUUGUUAUGGAUGAAGGUUCAGGAAUCGAAAGAUGUUUGUCCUCUGAUGAUGACAGUGAACGAAGUUCUGAAUUUUGUGGCUUAGCUUCCAAAGUCAACUUGGUCAACAGAAGAUCUUCUAAAACAAGUUUUAGUAAAUCAUCUCAUAGUCGCAUUCAUGAACUUGGGUUUACAGAUUCGUUAAAAGUAAGAAAAUUGCAAAAUCACGCUAAGACUAGCUUUGCUGUUCAGGCAAAAGGUGAUCUUCAAAAGUAUGACAGGGACUUUGGGAAGGGGAAGAGAAGAAGAGUGAAAUGGAGAAGGUUAUAUCCCUCUGUUCCUGCUCCUUCCCUGUCCACUGCCCUGAAUGGAGCUUCAAAAUCUGCUGGUGAUGCUGGACUUUGCUCUGGCACACUCAAGAACAUUCAGAUGCUUCCUCAAGAUGAUAAGCCAUGUUUCACUUGUUGUCCAUGUUCUUUGGGCCAAAAUUUGAAGCAGAAAAGAUCUGCAUACUCUUCUUUUGAUACUAUUUCUAGGAAAAAAAAAUUGCGUUGGAUUCAUCACAUUGAAGUGGAGGAAACUGAUUCAGAGACAAAUUUAAAUGCCAAAACUGACUGUUCUAGAGCCUCUAAAGCAGUGGGGAGGAAAAGGUUGAGAUCUGUUGGAGCUACCCAAAUGGAGCAAGAUGACAUGCAUGAUUCUGCUUGUUUUGCUUCUGAAAUAACUGCUAAGAUUACUGCAUCAGAUUGCACGAAAACUAAUAAGCCAGUGAAUAUUAGUCAUAGUAGGAGAAGGCCUGUCGUAUGUGGGAAGUAUGGUAUUAUUUCUAAUGGUAAUUCCUCAAAAUCAGCAAAAAUUGUGUCUCUGAGGAAAGUUCUUAAAGCAGCAAGAAGAUGUCACUUUGCUGAAAGUCAGAAGGUAAAUUCUAUUUCAGUCAAGGAAUCUGAGAAGGCAAGGUGUGAUGCUGAUAAAGAGAGAAACAAUGAAGCUCGAAUGGCAGUUUCUGUUCAGAUGAAGUCUCAGCAUUUGAUGGAAGGAAAAGAGACAGAAUACUCUGUAGGCAGUAAAGAUUCUUAUGACUUAUCACAUAUUAUGAAGAAGAGAAGGCAUGAUGGAAACAGAAGUCAUGCUAUUCUAGAGAGUAACCAAAGCACACAGAUCAGACGAAAGUCUAAAGAAGUUCGUAAACGCAGUGUUUAUGAACUAACAAUUAAAGAAAAUGAUUUCAGCUGUGUGAAGUCUUGUAUUACAAAGGAUGGAAGAUCCUCACAGAGAAGAAAGAGCAGAUUUGUGUCUAAGCUUGCUGAGAAUGCUGGUAAUGAUAGAAUGUUUGUGGGUGGAAUACAUAAUGUUAACAAAUAUGCCAAAGUGGAAGAAUGCCAAACUAGCCGGGUUUUGGAUGUUUUCUGCUGUGUUUGUGGAAGUUCGAACAAGGACAAGAAUAAUUGCUUAUUAGAGUGCGGUUGUUGCUUGAUUAAGGUACAUCAAGCUUGCUAUGGUGUUUCUAAGGUGCCCAAAGCUCAGUGGUGUUGUAGGCCAUGCAAAACGAAUUGUAAAAAUAUUGUCUGUGUUCUAUGUGGAUAUGGAGGAGGAGCCAUGACUCGAGCACUUUGUAGUCGUAAUAUUGUGAAGAGCCUCUUGAAAGCUUGGAGCAUUGGGACAGAAUCCAAUCUCGAAAACACUAGUUUUUCUAAAUCUUUGGAAAGUCCCUUUCAUCGUUUGUCUUCGACAAAAUCUGUUCAUGAGAGUGAUCCAUUUCUCAUCAUUAGACCUGCAGAAAUUGGCUCUACUUCUCUGGCUAAAGGAAGCACCGAUCUGUCUGAGCAUGUGGAUACUGUUGACAUCUCUUCUGCUAUUACCCCAGCUAUAUGCAAUAGCAUUACAGCUGGAAUUCUUGACUCUACUGUCAAGCAGUGGGUUCAUAUGGUUUGUGGGCUCUGGACACCAGGUACACGUUGUCCAAAUGUUGAUACGAUGAGUGCUUUUGAUGUGUCUGGAGCUUAUCGGCCUAAGCAAGAUGUGGUUUGUUCAAUAUGUCAACGAUCAGGUGGUUCUUGCAUACAAUGCAGGGUUGCGCAUUGUCAUGUUCAAUUUCAUCCGUGGUGUGCCCAUCAGAAGGGUCUACUGCAAAGUGAGGUUGAAGGUAUUGAUAAUCAGAGUGUUGGAUUUUAUGGAAGAUGCAUGCUUCAUGCUAUGUAUCAGCAGUUUAAUUCUGAUAGUUAUCACACUAGCAGUGCUAAUCAUGGAGAAAGGGAAUCCACCUGUGCUCGAACAGAGGGUUUCAAGGGUCGCAAAUGGGACGGAUUUCAUCAUAAUCUUCCCUACCAUUCUGAUGGUAGUAGUGGAUGUCUUGUCCCACAAGAGCAGCUAAAUGCUUGGAUCCACAUCAAUGGACAGAAAACAUGCAUAAGUGGGCCUUUAAAGCUUCCCAACUCAGUAAUUGAGUAUGACUGUCGGAAAGAAUAUGCUCGCUACAAACAAUCUAGAGGUUGGAAGCAUCUAGUGGUGUACAAAUCAGGGAUACAUGGGCUUGGUCUUUACACUUCCCGAUUUAUUUUUCGUGGUGCCAUGGUUGUUGAGUAUGUGGGUGAGAUAGUGGGGCUCCACGUGGCUGACAAAAGAGAAACCGAGUAUCAAGCUGGAAAGAAUGUUCAAUACAAGAGCGCUUGCUAUUUCUUCAGGAUAGACAAGGAGCAUAUAAUUGAUGCCACCCGCAAGGGUGGGAUAGCUCGAUUUGUGAAUCAUUCUUGCCUGCCAAAUUGCGUUGCGAAAGUAAUUUCUGUCAGGAAUGAAAAGAAGGUGGUCUUCUUUGCUGAAAGAGAUAUAUAUCCUGGUGAAGAGGUGACGUAUGACUACCAUUUUAACUAUGAAGACGAAGGUAAAAAGAUUCCAUGUUACUGUAAUUCCAAGAAUUGCAGGCGAUAUCUAAACUGAAAUCCUGGUGCAUGUCAUUUUUUCGUUUUCAACAAGAUUUACAAUUGCGACAUGGAUUAUGGUUGUAUAUAAGCAUUGUUGAGUAAUUUGUAUAAUGCUAUCCAUGGAGUUGAUGUUUGGGAUAUGAGAUCUGGGAAAAUGGAAACCUAUGUCUUUAAGCUCUGCCUUGAUACAGAGAGGUGUUAUCCAGCAAAUCUAAGAAGAGAAUUUUGAUUUUCUCGGUCAUCCCUUUGUUGGUAACAAAUGGGUGAUAAAGAGACAUUAUUUUCGCUUGUAAUCACUUCAAUUUGUGUGAUAUUGUCCAGAACAGUGGUGAGAAAUGAUGUGUGAUAUUUGGAGCCC